AUGCCAAUAACAAGAACUUUUGCACACGUUAUAAUAGGUGUUUCAGUCGUAAUUGCAGUCUUAGUUGGAUGUGUCGGAGCUGCUGGAGUUUCUGUUGUUAGUCUUGUGUGCUGGGGAUUUUAUAACAUUCUUGUUUUUGGCCUUGGACUGAAACUUGAGCGCUCAGCUGAAAACAUUGGCUCGCCUACGCUGCCCAGACAUCAACAAAGGGACGACACAGUGGCACCUCUGUCGACGACGACCAGGAAUGAAGAAAUCGAGCGUCAGAACAAUCCUACCACUCAAAGUUAA